AACUAAGUUUCAUACAUUUGUCUCCUUUAAGGUGUGCCUUAAAGGAAUCAAUAUUGAUUCAGUAUCUUUUUAUUUCUCUUAUGAGGAUGCUAUUGAUGCUUAGAAAUAUGUCACUGUCUUUUAUAUUAGCAUACCAAUGAAUUUUGGUUUGCCAGCACUUUCCUUUAAUACCCUGAAGAUAUUAUUGUGUGAUCUUCUGGCCACUAUCUCUGCAGCUGAGAAGUCUCAAGUCAGUAUAAUUGGUUUCCCUUGAAGGUAAUUUGCAUUUCUUCCUACUAACUAAAUUUUACUAUCUCUGAUAGUCUACAGUUUUUAUUCAGUGUUUCCCAUGAAUUUUUAAAAUGUAUUCAGUAUGGCUUAUGGUAUAUAUACUUGCAGAUCAAGGAUCUUAACUUCAGCGUAGGAUAAAAAUAACCACUAUCUCUAACAUUGCUUCUUUUCUACUUCUGACCUUGUCUUCUGGAAUUCCUAUUGGAUUCAUAUUUAUGUCUUUGGUCCAUCUGAAAUUUCUGAAUGUAUGAGGUGGGAUCUAUGGCUUUCCCUGUUAGUCAUUUGCCCAUAUACCACUUAAUGAUUAGCUCCUUUCUCUCACUGAUUUACAAAGUGCUGCCUUUAGAAAAAGAAAAAUAUCAGGUGUUAUCACUUAUAAUAGGAGGAAUAUAGGGAAAAUGAACAAAGGGUCAAAAAAAAAAAAAGACAGAACCCAUAGGCACUAUAGAUCUGAGGGUACACGCUGGGAAGGAGGAGGAAAAGGGAUGAAAAUGGGAAAGAGCACAUGGGACCGGUGAUGGCUCAUAAGGCUGUGGUGGGUAUUUACAGGGACUAUACCUGAGGGGAGAAAUCAAAAACUGUACAAAAUGAACAUCAAUGUAAAAAAUUUUUAAAUAAAAGGGAAAACAAAAAUAAAGUGCUAGAUGCCAGUGCCCGCGGGAGAUGCCUGACGCGCUUUUCUGAGGAGCAGCCAGCGGCGCGAUGGAGCAGGCCAGAGACCGCUUACACCUGAGACGGACAACUGAACAGCACGUACCAGAGGUGGAAGUCCAAGUCAAACGCAGAAGGACCGCCUCUCUGAGCAACCAAGAGUGUCAGCUGUACCCAAGGCGAUCACAGCUGCAGCAAGUACCUGUGGUGGAUUUCCAGGCAGAACUGAGACAGGCAUUCUUAGCUGAGACACCAAGAGGUGGUUAAAGCAAUAUUGGAAGAUCAAGGUAGUUGAUUCCAGGCAAAAAACAAGUGUAUUUGAAUCAGCCAACAAUGUAAUAAAGAUACUAUC